ACUUCACUCAUUUGCUACGCCCCGAAAACUCCAGUCCUCACCGAUGAAACGCGUUCUCGCGUGUCGCUAACGCCCUCCGGCGGCUUCUCAAGUAUCCCUCACCUCGGUUUGCACCAAGCCUAAGCAUAGGUAUCUCUCGGACCGCCCGGUGGACCCGAGGUCAGGAGGUGAUGUCAAUGGCGCAGGAAUCGACCGGCAACGCGCCAAGCGCCCUCGCACCGCCUGCCAUGCCCGCUGCCCCAGCCGAAGAUGUCGAGAGGGGGAGAUGCGUCCCACGUGUCCGGGCCAUCGGACGCCUAGGGGUAGCGUUUAACUGGACUCAGGUUGUUGGGCGGUUUUUGUCGAUAUUGUUAGAGCUCGGCGCGCUUGCCUUCGUCUCGUGGCUGUACAGCCAUUGGAGGUCGGAGCCGAUAACAAGGGUGGAUGUCCUGAUGCCGUCUUUCUUUCCGCUCACGUUUGGCAUCGUGGCGGAUGCGUACGAGAUCGGUUCGCUGCUCUUGUUGAAGCGCAAACGGGCCAUCAACCCACUCGCGAUAGCUUUCGAUAUUGUCCUGAUUGGGGCGGGCAUCUUCUGCUUCCUCAUUCUCGGCAUGGUCGACGAAGGGACCGGAGACCUACGGGCUCGCUGGGCCGCGGACAUGACGAAUGCCAUGAUUUUUAUGAUUGUGUUUUGCAUCAUCCACGCAAGUUUCAUCAUUCUCGCCGCCGCUGGAAUGAUAAACAUAUAUCACUCCAUGAGUAGAAGUCGCAAGGACACUCAGUUGGCAAGGAGUCAAGCAGAGAUGGUCCAGUUUAACGAAAGGAGAGCCCGCAUGGCACACAGGCCUGUAAUAGCAUGACCAACUUCUUCUAGAGUAGAGAAAUGCAGGCGGCAAGCAUCCCUCUUGCAAUCAUCAUACGGCAAUGGGUUCAAUAU